AUGUCGGAAUUUCGUGCUAUAUUAGAAUCUGUGACUGGCAAAUUCGAGAAUCUUGUAUCACUGAAUGAGAAAAUACUUGAACAGACAGAAAUUGGCGAGAUUGAAGAAGAAAUCAUUACCAGUGAAGAAUAUUCAUUAGCGAUACAGAUCAAACUUCGUGAAUUCCAAGAAUUCAGUGAAAGUCGUGAAAAGUCGUCACAAAAUCAAAGUCAGAGAAAUAAUUCAUCAACACCUGGUGAACAGCAGACGAUAAUUGUACAGGAUAGAAAUAGUGCGAGUUCGACGCAAUAUUCCCGCCUUCCAAAAUUCUCAUUACCUAACUUCAACGGAAACAUCUUAGAAUGGCAAGCUUUUUGGGAUUCAUUCAGUUCAGCAGUGCAUUCAAACCAGAAUUUAACAGAUGUGCAAAAAUUUAAUUAUUUACGUUCACAACUGGAGGAUGAAGCAGCUCGGAAAAUAGAUGGAUUUGCCCUAACGAACGCUAACUACAGUAAUGCAGUUGAAUUAUUACAUGAACAGAAACGGACAGAAACAUAA